UGACGUCAUCACCAAGGAGCCCCCAACAAAAACAACAACAGAACUCAGCUGUUCGGAAGCUAACUAGCCGGCCUAGUUACCGAGUACUUUUUAGUGAAUGUUUUUUUAUCUGUACACACUGGUGCAGCUAGAGAGUUACUGAUAUGUUUGAUUAUAAUGCAAUCCCCAUAAAGUCAUGACCAACGCGGAUAGUUCGCGUAUAUUUUUACACUUCUUUGUCUGAUCUUAGCUUUUAGCAAGUUAGCCUUUAACCGGAGAGCGAGAGGAACCCUGUUUGACAAAGAGGAAGUCACCUGCAGAAAUAUUUAUGGCAAAGCAGGUGGAGACUCCCACCUCCACCAAUGACUACCCCUAUCACUCCCUCAUCUUGCAUCAUGUCGCCUCCAAAAAGACCUCUGGUUCCUGUGAGCAGCAGAAGAAAAGCAGUUGACGACUACUUCCCUUUCAACUCCCUUCCCGUGCAGUGCCAGCUGCACGUCUUGUCAUUUCUGAACGAGGUGGAUAAAUGUAGCUGUGCCUUGGUUUGCUUGAGCUGGAGCUGCCUGGUCCGCUCAUGGAAGCUGUGGAGGGUGGCUGACUACUCCCGUCGUGGUGUUUUCCAUCUGGGUCAGGAGGGUCUGCUUGUCUCCAAUCGCGAGUUUGAGAGGUGGAAAUCCUGGGUUCACCACUACACCCACCACCUCAUCUCCCGCCAUGCCAGCCUGCUCACGCUGAAGGCCAGCUUUGACCUCGGGGAUCACUCCAACAAGUGGUGCGAGUUGCUUAGUCACCUUUUAGAUAACGUGCACUGCCGAGACCUUAGCCACCUAGACCUGAACUGGACCUUUACUCUGCUUGAGCCUCUGGACCUCACAGUCCACUCCAGCUCCAGUUCACACCAGGAUAGCAUAACAAAAAUGGACCAGGUCACAAGUUUCCAGGAGCUGCUAACAAAACUCACCCAAAGGUGCCCGCGCAUCUCAAAGAUGCGGCUUCACUUCGACUGGUCCGAUAUGUCCGUGUCCCUGCUCACUCAGUUCCAGCAGCUCCGGGUCCUUGAGCUGAAAUACUUCUGGGUUUUUAAAGGAGUGACCCCCUCGGCCCUGCAGACACUGACCACAUCCCUGCCCAACCUGAAGUCUCUGACUUUGAACAUUCUGGUGCCGCUAAGAAACCUGGGCAUCUCGUACAUCCUGGAGUCCCAGUCUUUGGAGUUCCUGGAUGUUUCGCCAAGCCGUGGCUUGGUCUUCUCCUGCCUUAAGCUGCCUGCUCUGCGUGAGCUUCGUGCCAAGAAGAUUGUCCGCGGUAUCACUCUGGACCGGAAGACCAGGCUGAGGAUCCAGAGCCGGUGGCCCUGCUUGUAUCACGUCCUGCGGGAAGGGACGCCCAAACUCCAGGCCCUCAACAAUGAGAGGCUGCUCCCCACAUGGAGACAGGAGAGCUAUGGGGAGCUGACUGCCAUCCUGGGACAGUCCUGUUACUGCAUUCAACAUUUAGACAGCUGGCUCUGGUAGCCAACUUGAAGACAUGAAAUGAAUCACAUUCCUCAGCUGAAGUUUCAGCUUUGAAUGACCUGCACUGUAAUGAACUAAGGGACGCAUGCUGCACAUAGCUGCAGAUACAAACUGACACUUGAAGGACUUUAAUGUGUUUCUAAAUCUAAACAGGAAGCUGAUGUUACCAUAAGAGAGGCUUUCUUAGUGUGGUCCUUUUGUUUUUCCAAUCCCCCCCUAACAGCUGAAUGCACUGUGUCGUGCAGGUCCAGUUUCAUUUCCACAAAGACUCUAUGCUGGAAACAUUACGACCUCUACCUGAGCCAGGUGUGUGAGGCCCAGGAUGUUUAAAAGCUGGAAGACAGAAUGUGAAGAGAGUUAGAUUUAAUCCUUGUUUCAGAGAGAUCGAUGCUCAGGCACGAGGUCGAGAACAAAAGAAACAUAUCAUGAAGUAAAAAUAUCAUGUUUGGUUUGAAAUAAUGAAUCAAUUAUAAGUCAAGUUUGUAAUUAAGGGAGGACAAGAUGAGACGAAGCUCUGAUAUGUAAAGAGAGAGCUGUUUAAUGAGGGUCAGGUGUCAUUUCAUAUCCAGUCCCAAUAUUUCCAGGUCCAAAUAUUGAAAUCUCAGAUUUUAACACAGUCUAACAGCGUCCUCUUUAAACAUUCACACGAGCUCUCUCUGUGGGUGGAGGAACAAGAGGCGCCUAGUGAGCAGUAGAAGCUGAUGUGUGCCGUAUCGUAGUGUAGUGUUGUUGUUUGUUUGUUGAUUGAAUGGUUUGGUAACGUCUACUUCUUAAAUCCAUGUUUACAGUAAAUCUGACUUUAAAUUGAUCACGUGCACCUUGCAUAUGUUAAACAAUCUGCAUUCAUGAUGAACUUGUGACAAAGUAAAGGAGCAAAAUGCUUCUGCACAGUCAGAGUAACUGACCCCGGGUCAGUGGGGCUGAGUCGUCCACACAGCCUCUGUCUAACUUACAGCUACAAGCAGCAUUGAACGGGUCCAAGAGGGUCACAAGUAUUUAGAUGUUAGUCAUUUAAAUCUAACUCACGUGAAACUAAACUCUCUGUGUCAUCGUUUACUUCUGCCAGAACACAAUGAAACAUGAUGAGUAGAAGUUUUGAAGCUAUUUUAGACUCAGUGAGUUCAUGAAAUCACACCACAUAUCUGAAGCAACCCGUUGAACAGCUGGAGUUUUGUAACCACUGAUGGUGGACAAUCGUUGGCACACUGGAGAUGAUGACGCUCUCUGACCCUGUGUGAACACAAGACCAUGACAGCGUGUGCACACAAGGUCAUUUUUAUUCACCUUAAUAUCCUCUUACAUUAAAGCUAGGGUUGUUAGUCACAGAAAACUAGCAUGAAUUUGAUUGUAGCAUUUCCUCAGGAUUUCGUCUAACCCCUCCCCCCCUCCCCUCGGAGCUCCUCCAAAACGACACCCCCGCUCCCAUGCACGAGCGCUGCUGAUUAUAUGAUCCAUAUGAUGGUGACUGAUUCAAAAUCGGUCCUCAGCACAUGGUUUGUGUUUUGCACUACGUCAACUCAUGUCUCACUCAGUGGUAAGAAAACACCAAAACAUUCUCAUAGUGAAAGUUAAAAACACAAACAAACAUGAAAUGUACGCUUUGCAGGAGGCGGGCAGAAUGGCAGGACGGGGUUUGAUUGGUUUCAUCAUUUGGCUCCUGAUGGCAGGGAUUGGUUGGUGUUUUCCCAGGUUUACGAUUCUAAAGUCUGAUCUUUGUGCUGUUAGAGGUUGUCUCGUUGACGUCUGAUCAAACAUUUGAAGAACAGGAACAUGAGACUGAUUUUGGAACACCAUUUGAAACACUAGAUAUUUAAAGACUGUCAGUUUUGGGAUGUUCCAACAUGAUUUACAUAUUUAAAAGAGAUAUAGACUGGUGAAAUAUUAUCUCUGUAUGAUAUAUGAGCGAUCAAUCAAUCAAUCUUUAUUUGUAUAGCACCAAAUCACAACAAACGUUAUCUUUGGAUGCUUUUACAAACAGAGCAAGUCUAGACCACUCUAUGUCAAAUUAUGAACAGAGACCCAACACCAAGACAGGAUAAGACUCAGUCUGACCCCACCUUAAUCCACCAUGAGCAUUACACCUCACAGUAUUUAGCUAGUUACAGCGGAGAGGAAAAACUUCCUUUAACAGGCAGAAACCUCGAGCAGGACCAGACUCAUGUUAGACACACAUCUGCUGAGACCGAGUAAUCUAUUAAGAUUAUUCAGCCUGGUAUAAUUUUAAGUUAGGAAUGUAAGAUUUGGAGAAAUGUAGUUUUGUUGUGAUAAGCCCUCUUCAACUAAUCUUUCCCAAAUCUAAUGCACGUGUGAGUCAUGAGCCUGGAUUUACAAACAAGGUUUACAAAAAACAAAGCAGCUGAUCAGGAUGUGUAACGUUUAGUUACUUGACUUAUGAGGAGGGAAGCACAACUGAGCUUAAAAGUUUGAACUUGUAUGGAUGUGAUAAUCCUCAACGUUCAGAGAGGAGUUUAAAUAGGUCUAAAUAAAAAAGAGAAAGUCAACAAAGUAAACAUUUACAGAGAGGAUGAUCUCUGAAACUGACGUCUGGUUAGCUGACGAGCUGCUUUGACUUCUCUGCAGAAUCAGGCUGUUAAAAGUCAAACCUCAGCCUGGAGUGUGGCUCAAUGGUUUUCCUUCUCUUGAGUUGGUUGGACUGAAUGAGUUUCUGAAAUAUGAAACCUCCCCCUCUGUCACAUAUUUAGGAGUUUAAAUGAUUACUGGUUAUAAAAAAUAGUGCUGCAACUCAAUCUUUGUGGUGAUGCACUUGAUCAACAGCGCUGGUUUUAUCAGGUCGUCGUCUUAACUCUCACUGUGACAACAUAACCGAGAGAAGUGCGACAGAAACAGAGCUUUAAGUGAGAUCCUUCACUUUGUAACCAGAAACAGCUUUACCAACGCUGUACUUAGAGACUCGCUGAACAGAAAUAGAUUGAAGAAGCUGCACUGACUGGUAUGUUUUGGGUCUAAGCUCACUCUUUUAAAACCCUGAAGGUAUGCACUCAUAUAAAAGGUUCUUUUUCAUACAUUAUCAACAAACAUGAAGUUAAAAUGUUGCAAGUCAGGACUAAAUGUGGGGAAAGUUUCAAGGUGUGAGGUAAACUUGUGUUGGGAGUAAUCCCAAAAUGAGCUCUGAGUGGCUUCUUUAAAAGUCUCACGAGAGGGAGCAGAGAUUUGCUCAAACUGUGACAUCACUGGUCGUUGAAUCUCCUCAGAAGAGCAUAAUGAAUGUGAAACGUACCAACAGA